AUGAAUCGAAAAUUUGAAAGUCUUAAAGUUAAAACAAAGUUUGAUUUUGAUGCCAUAAUUUCUUAACUUGACAAUGAAUCGCCUCUUGCUUAAAUAAAUACAAAAAGGUUUUCAGGAAUUAAGAAUCUUGAAUUAUAUGAGACUCCUGAUGAUUAGUAUGAAACACCUAAAGAUUCAUGUGAUUCGCUUAUUGAAGACCUUAAUACUAAAAAAUAAAGUAGGAAAGAAUUGUGA